CCCGGAGAGGCGGCGGCCGCGGCUGCAGCUACGCCGGUGCGCGGUCCGGUGCGCCCGCGGCCUCCCGUAUGAUCACUCCCGGCCUCCGGGCCUCUUCCCGGGAUAAAUAACCCCGGCCGAGCUUAAAGCGGGCAGCGCCUUCGCCUGGGUGCGAGGAGAGCUGCGGACGCUGCCGCCUGCCCCCCAUCCCACCGGGGCUGGCGGCGGCCCGGAGGAGCGCUCGGCUGGGGCCCAGGGCCCGCCCCCGGGCCUUGGCGGAUCGCUGCCGCCGGGGCUGAAGCGGGGCCGGGGUGUCUCAUGGGGGUUUGUCCUGCCCCAGCGGGGGAUCCGCACGAGGGGCUGUCUGGGAUCACAUCCACCCCCAGUUCCCGGCGGGGUGGUGGCUGUUGGACCGAGGGAGAGGCCAUGGCUGCGGGCCGCGGUGCAUUGGGUGUUCGCGCUCCGUUUACGGGGUGCCAGUGAAGGACCUGUUGAGUCGCGGGCGCUCGGGCAGGUGCCCGGGCCGUGCUCGGGGUGCGGGCAGCGGCUGUGCAGGGCUGGAGGAGCAUCGACACCCCUGCUUGCUUCUGGGACCGCGUGCGCAAGGGCAGCCUUUUAGAAACAACGUGGCGGACUGGGGACGCAGGGGCCAUGUUGAAAUACUACAAUGCUGUUUUGAGAGGGUAAGGUGAAGGAGGAGAAAGGGCAAUAAAAAUGGCCAAGCAAACGGCUGUGACGAUUACUUUGGCGACCCUACUGGGUGUUGCUUUGGGGGGGCUGGUUUUGUGGAAAGCAAGCCAGCGUCGGAAAGGGAAAACAUGCUGUAGCAGUCAGCAAGAGGAAGCAGCUGUAAAAUCAGAAGAUGAGAAACUCAUUAGGGCAGAAGAUAAGAAGGUGCUUUCCUUCUUCAGAUCUUCUAGCUUUUCCUGGGUAGAGAGGGCCCUUGGUGCAGACAUAGUGAUAAUUUCAGAGCAGGAGGAGUGGGAUCAUGUCGAACCGUUGCUGAAGAAGGAGCUGGAGAAGUGGCCGGUGCUUGGAAUUGAUUGUGAGUGGGUAUGUGUGAAUGGAAAAGCAAGUCCUGUAUCCCUGCUACAGAUGGCUUCUUCCAGUGGCCUCUGCUUUCUUGUUCGGUUGCCCAGGCUUGUUGCCAGCGGCCAGACUCUUCCAAAGGCCCUGUUGGACAUCAUGGCGGAUAGUGCUGUGUUGAAAGUUGGAGUAGGAUGCUGGGAAGAUGCUUGCAAAUUACUUCAUGAUUAUGAUCUUCCAGUCAAAGGGAGCAUGGAUCUCCGGUAUUUAGCCAUGAGACAGCGGAAGGAUCUACUUCACAACUGCCUUAGCCUUAAGUCUUUAGCUGAAAAAGUCCUGAACUUCCCGCUUGACAAGUCUCCUCAUGUGCGUUGCAGCAACUGGGAGGCAGAAGAACUGACACAAGAUCAGGUUCUCUAUGCUGCUAGGGAUGCCCAGGUCUCAGUGGCUCUGUUCUUCCAUCUCCUGGGAUUUACCAGCCUCCCUAAUACAUCUGAAGGUGAAAACUCUGUCACUGUUUGGGAAAAAGCACGGGGUAAAUGCCAAGGCUUGGUGGAUAUCCCAUUUAGAGGAAAAAAGAGUGUUGGCAGCACAGGAGAGGAGAAGAGUGGAGAGGGACGUUCCCCUCAGAAAACAAAGAAUCGGAAGUCUUGGGUGAAUGGCCAGCCCUCUGGCAAUCAGCAAAUGAGAGAUCCACGGAGGCAGAAGCGAAAGCCUCUGGGUAUGGGAUAUUCUGCACGAAAAUCUCCACUGUAUGACAAUUGCUUCCUGCAUGCACCAGAUGGACAACCCCUGUGCACUUGUGAUCGCAAGAAGGCUCAGUGGUAUCUGGACAAGGGGAUUGGAGAGCUAGUUAGCACAGACCCAUUUGUUGUGAAGCUGCGGUUUGAGCCUUCAGGACGUCCUGAGUCUCAAGUUGAUUAUUAUCUGACAGUCAAAGAAAACCUGUGUGUCGUAUGUGGCAAGAGAGAAUCCUAUAUCCGGAAAAAUGUUGUUCCUCAUGAAUACCGAAGGCACUUCCCUAUCCAGAUGAAGGACCACAACUCGCAUGAUGUGCUCCUGCUCUGCACAUCCUGCCAUGCCAUCUCCAAUUACUAUGACAACCACCUCAAGCAGCAGCUGGCCGAGGAGUUUGGGGCUCCCAUUGGCUCYGAGGAAGGUGUGCGUCUCCUGGAGGACCCUCUGCGCAGGCAAGUGCGCUCGGGGGCACGAGCCCUGCUGAAUGCAGGCAGCCUGCCUGACCCCCGAAGGGCAGAGCUGCUGCAAAGCAUCAAGGACUUCUAUAACACAGAGACAGUCACUCCAGAGAUGCUCCAGGCAGCAGCUGGUCUUGAAACCAGGAUCUGCAAUGAGAGCUACGUGCCACAUGGACUGAAGGUGGUGCAGUGUUGUGCCAAAGGAGGCCUGCGCUCCCUUAUGCAGCUGGAAAGACGCUGGCGGCAGCAUUUCUUGGACAGCAUGAAGCCCAAACACCUCCCAGAGCAAUGGUCAGUGGACCAUAAUCACAUGAAGCUGAUCCAAAAGUAUGGGGAGGAUCUUCAGAUCAAGCUGUCAUGAAACUAAAUUCCUGGACUCUGGAUAGUGUCUAAUGGACAUACGUAGUUACAUAUGGAAGAUGGAAGGACUGUUUGUUUCUAUGUCUCCACUAACACCUGUGGCCUGGGUUUGCAAAAAGGCAGCAGUAGAUCUGCCCGAUUCGACAGUUUAAGUUGACAGUUUAUAGAGUUAAAUCCAUUGAAUUGAACUUACAGGUGGUUUGGAAGUUUAAUCCUAGUCUGUCACUCAUGAGUUCAGUGCAAGAGUGAUAAUAAGGGCACUUGUCUUCUCAAAGUGACAAYGAAGAACUGUUUUCUAGCCCCCAGGAUGUCUAAUGCCUCCAGACCAUCUCUCAUAAUAGAGUGAGUCAAGAGAAAGGCAACAAAAGCACAAUAGAUGAACGUUUCCAGAUUUUCUGACAUGCAUUUAUGCCCUUGGCUUCACCUUGAGAGUCUUCUUGAUGAAAGUCUUUGUUUGUUUUCAGUGCAGUUGUAUUCAUAUGAAUUCUUCCUAGAGAAGGUCCCCUGCCAGAGAGAUCCCUUGUUUGACAGAAACAAGGAAACCUUAUUUUUUUGCAGAUUCUGAGCUGUACAAGCAUUGCAGAUAGUCCUCAGCAAGUUUCCUGGUGGCAGGUGCCUGAUGAGAASUGACAGUCUGGCAGUAUGGAAAUACCUAUGUCAAAUCUUUUGUUAAACAGCUUCCAGUAACACAGAGUUUAUAAAAAAUGUUUUUCCUAAUUCUGCUUGUUUGUCGUAAUUUUACAGAGACAGGGUGGCAUAACUCCUAUGACUGGUGUGCCAGAAUGGAAGGCUGCAGGCUCUUUAGGAAGGUGGCAAGGAGGAGGUUGGCACCUUCUGUGUCAYUGACCAGCUGGAGUGCACAGAGCUCCAUGUGGUGUGCAUGGAGCUCAGCCUAGGGAUGAAUGAGGAGUCAACCAAGAACUUACGUGUCAGGAUUAAAGGGAGGGCAGGGACAGGUGACAGUGGGGAUCUGCAACAGAUUGUCCAACCAGGAAAACUGAGUAGGUGAAGCCUUCUAUAGAUAAAAGCAGCCUAGUGUUCACAAGAUCUGGUCUUCAUGGGGGACYUCAGGUUCCUGGAAUGUGUUGAUAACUUUUCCAGAAAGCAAAGCGCAUUGUGGGCUGCAUGAAAAGAGGCAUGACCAGCAGAUCAAGGGAGAUGUUCUUUCCCUCUAUUCUGCUCUUGUGAGACCACCUGGAAUACUGUGUCCAGCUCUGGGGCCACCAACAUGAUAGAGCAAGUCCAGAGGAGGGCUCCAAAGAUCAUCAGAGGGUUGGAGCACCUCCCCUAUGACUUUUUACAAGACCAUGUAGUGAUAAAACAAGGGGUAGUGACUUUAAACUGAGAGAGGCUAAGUUUAUAUUAAAUACUGGGAAGAAUUUUUUUACUGUGAGGGUGGUGAGGCAUUGGAAUAGCUUGCCAGGGAAGCUGUGGAUGCCCCAUCCCUGGAAGUGUUCAAAGCCAGGUUGGAUGGAGCACUGAGCAACUUUGUCUAGUGGAAGGUGUCCCAGUCCAUGRCAGGGGUGUUGGAACUGGGUGUUCUUUAAGGUCCCUUCCAACCUAAACCAUUCUGUGAUUCUAUKAAUAGCUCUUGGUAUUUUCAUAUCAGACUGAAAUAAGGACAGGUGUCUUAAGAGGGAUGAGAGGAAACAGACCAGCAGUUUUUAAGAGAUCAGAUCACACAUGGAAAAAAAUGGAAAAUGUUGUUCUGUACCUGUAUUCAACAUGUGUGGUGGUGAGCAGGUUAUACUCUCUUCAUGCCUGUUUCUCUGUCUCUAAAAUGGGACUAAUAAUACUUAACUAUCUCACAAGGGUGUUGUGAGGCUUAAUUAAUUCAUGUUUUUGUAAAAUGCUUUGAAAAUAUAAGCUAGUGUGUGCUAAUUAUUGUUUUUAAGAUGUGCUGCUGUCUAACUUUCUCAAAUAUUCAGUUUUUUGUCUGGUGCUUGACCUUAGUUAAAGAUAACAUUUUAAAAAUAUGUAGUCCUUUCUGUAAAAUCACUUCUGAUAAUUUUGAUUGCAUGAGAUGAGUGUGCUUCUAUUGAAUGAUGAAGAUACGCUCAACUUUUAUACAUCUCUGUAAAGAAGUUUCAGUAAAACCCUUAUCUUACUUCACACUACUGUGUAUAGUGCAGUUGACCCACAUUUCAUUAUAACAUUUGGGCAGAAUCCUGGACCUGCUGUGAUUGUGGCUGAAACUUAACAGAUAAUUCAAGAAAUUUCWGAGGCCGGGUGAAAAUCCUGUUUGAGAUGAGGAGGAGCCAUGGAGAGAAAUGGUACAUUAAUGCCAUCCCAGAGGAGCUGCAGUAGCAGCAUCAGGAAUCAAAGAUUCAUGAUAAAUACUACUUAUCACAGAACUGCAAAUGAGAUAAUUUUCAUUAUAAGGGCUUUUUUCCUGUACCACUGACAACUCUUAACAAAAACUCAUCUAGCCAAAUGCGGUAUGUCUCUGUGCUCAUUCACACAGGUGAUUGUAAUCCCAGCAUGACCUUCCUGCCUACAGCAGCAGUUUGGAUAUAACUAUUUCUUUCCAAAGCAUUCUGAGCAUGUGUUCAGAUAGUGCUAUAUCCUGUCUGCAUGUGAUCAGAGUGUUGAGAGCUCUCUGCAUGGCUCAGAAACUCCUUUUCAGUCAUCAGGAGUACAAGGUGUCCAUUUCACCUCUUUCUUCUGCUUUGUUUUUUUCUCUUUUUGUUCUGAUAGGAACUCCUGAUAAAAGUGGUCUCUUUAAUGGAACCRAUUGGCUGACCACAGGGUCAGGUCUUUUCUGUUUGUGAGACAAGAAAGUAAUGUUGUGAGACAAGAAUUGGACUGCAGGCCCUCUGUUUUUAAGGAAUCGGUGGUAUUAUUGCAGAGGGUUUUUUUUCCAAAUCACUUGUUGAGAAAUAGAAGCUAACAAGGAAAACUUCCUUCACAAAUAUUUUCUAAACAAAGGUUCUUUGUUGUUUGUAAGAUAUCCUUAACUUGCAUAAUUCAGUCUGAAAGAAGAGGGGAGGCAAUAUAUUUAUUAUGCAGAAAUAGAUUGGUUUUAUUUUAUUAUUAUUAUUUUAAAUUUUAUACUAUUCUGUAGAUAAAAUUUCCUUAUAUGUCUCCAUUGCUAAUUGUUACAUUCUAUAAAAAUUUACUCUUUUACC